AACGUAUCGCUCAAAAGUCAAAUAUUUAAGACCAACAGUAAUAUCUGGUGCCUUAAUCGACAUACCUACAUUUCUAUUUCUUCAACCAAGGGCAAACCCUGCCACCUGCUGGCGAAAUGCAGGCAAUAACAAAAACACAACACGCAACUGUUUUGAACAGCGUUUAUUGCAUGAAAAAAACAGCUAAGUUAAACCACACAAAUGACAACGGAAACGGUAAAGUCUGCGUUGAAUCUGCAACCCACCACGAGGAGAACCGUUCAUUAAAAAGACAAAAAACAUUUUCACUAUUCCCUUUGGGGGCUGAUAACAUGUUUCUGAAGCUUGUAGUCCUUCAGCCUGUGCACCACCAUGCCUCAGAGGCGCUCAAACCAAGCCACAUAAGAGCAGUUUGACCGAUUUACACAUCGCGUGCGAACUAACCGCUUCUCGUGACAGCGGGACAGAUGCUUCUCAGGCAAAUGCUGCCUUCACUGCAGGAAGUGUAACGAAGCAGCACGGCGCAUGCUCUCGUACCUCUCUGACAAGCGAAGGAUGAAUUAUCUCCUGCUGUAAAAGGGAGCGCGCGUCGUCUCACCGUUGUUGGCCGGGGUGUGCGUGCUGCCGCACCACCAGACGUCAGUUUGAGUGGGUGAAGGAGGGUGAGAAAGACACGCAACUGUCCGUGUAGGAGUUGGUGAUCCAACAAGGGCCACUUGAUAUAUCAACUUUGUGGGGAGGGGUGAUGGCGGGUGCUGAGGUCACUGUGUCUUCAGGGGAUGUAAUGACAGUGAAGGAAGAGGAGGGAGAGUCCAGUGGCAACAACCAUAAGACUGAAGUCAUCCUGCACCUGCAGCCCAUCCUGCAUGGGGUAAAUGAUGACACUGCUGAUACUGGUACUACAGUCCUGGCCAUAGAGACGCAUCACGAUGACAGUAAAGCAGAAGGAGAGGAAAUUGAGUAUGGCUACCCCAUCACUUGUGGAGACAGCAGAGCGGUUCUACUCUUCAAGAAGUUCGUGUGCCCUGGAAUCAAUGUCAGAUGUGUCAAAUUCAAUGACCAGCUCAUCAGUCCUAAGCAGUUUGUGCACCUGGCAGGGAAAGCCACUCUGAAGGACUGGAAAAGGGCCAUCAGACUCGGAGGGGUUAUGCUUAGGAAAAUGAUGGAUUCUGGCCAGAUAGAUUUCUACCAGCAUGACACCGUGUGCAGCAACACCUGCCGCAGCACUAAAUUCGAUGUGCUGAUCAACAGUACGAGGCUUCCUCCGGGGACCUCGGUGCAGCCGAGCCCGUCAAGUCUGGCUCUUGACCCUCUUGGAGGACAGGUGCCUCCGCUGACAGAGGUUGUGCAUGAUGCAGCAGAGUUAGAGGAGACUUUGGGGGAUAAGUUUAGUGCAACAGCAGAGUGGAGCACCGGUCCAGCCCGUCCUGUAAACCCUGCAACAGCCAAUGGACACUCAGGGAAGAGAAAGAGGGCUGACACACCUGAUGGAGUAUUGAGUCUGUGGAAGGGUGUGGCAGACUCCGGGCUGAUGGGGGAGGUCCUGUCCAGUCUCCAGACUGAAUUAUUAGCCACCCUUAAAGGAGUGGAGGCUCGUACUCAGAAGGCCAACCUGCAGGAGGCAGAUGCCAUCAUACUUAAUUCCUUGUGUGAGAUGUUUGGGCUGUUAGACUCAGUGAAGCAAUCUCUGGACCUGAGACGCAGCCAGACUGAAGAGAGCAAAAUCCAUAACAGUGUUUAUGUGUUGGAUGAGAUUUUGGAGGAACGGAGGAGACAGGCUUGUGAUAAAAGCACAUCCCACAAAAGCUCCUCGAAAUACCUUCAACCUCAACGUCACAACAGCCAAACUCAGAACGUGUUGUCCCCAGUGAAAACAAGCCCAGUGAUCCAGCCUCUCUCUGUUACUGGUUUAUCUGCUGCAGCUUACGCUCAGCUCACCAUCAACCCUCAGCUCUUCGCCCAUUUCUCUGCCUCCACCAGCCAGCACAACCCCCGCCCCGGGUUAGAGCUCCAAAGUGCCGCGCUGGAGAGGAACCAUGAGCUCAGCAACAAGAAGGUUCACCAGCAGGAACAGGAGGAUGUGGAGACGGAGGACACCUUGGAGAUCUACAAAGAGCCUGGAGAGAGGACUGCUACGUCUCAAGAAGACGCUCAUCUUAGAAGUCAGGAAGAAGAGCAGACAGAGCGCUUUCAUGACAUUGGAAGGGUGAUUAUAGGAAGAAAGGCAUCAAAGAAACAUAAAAAGAGGAGGGGAACAACUAUGGAGAUGGAGUCGGAGGCAGAGCCUGUGAUGUAAAAACCCAGGAAGCAUCCAAGAAAACUUUCUGAUGCUCCAGUUAAAAGCAAAGCUUGGUUUUCAGAGGAUGGAUUAUGGUCUAAAAAAGAAAGUGACAAACACAGAUUAAUAUAUGUCUGAAGCACACAGUGUUUGUGUAAUUACUGUCUUUGCCAGAAGGGGGAGACAAAAGUUCAGCACUGCAGGUUUAAAUAAUUUUCUAAGCAAAAAAACUUCCAAAAUUCACUGGUCCCUGCUUAUUAAAUGUCAAUAUUUACUGUUUUUUAGUUUUACCUUUGGGUUUUAGUAUGCAAUAAUUUGCAAUAUGACAAAAUCUCUCUUCCCACAUUCUGGGAAAUUGCAAAGGGCAUUUUUUAAAAAUCUAUUUUUGGAUAUUUAUAGACCAGGAGCAGUGAAUCAAUUUAUGGAGAAAAUCAGUAGUUUAAGUGAUAAUGAAAAUAAUCAUUCAGUUGCAGCCUUUAAACAUAGAGUUCUCUCUUGUCUACUGGACGUAGUAUUAGAACUCUGUGUAAGUGUUUUAAAAUGUUAGUCUAAUGGCGCCAUUUAGAAAUCUGUAAAUAUAUUUGAUUCUAUCUUACGAUCUUUGGUGAUGACGUUUUCCCUCAUUUGAAAGUAGUUGGCAAAUAUUUUCAGGUAUUUGUGACAAUUUUUCACUAUACUUUUAUAACUUCUAAUAAUAUUUGGACUUAUUUUGUGAGUUAACAUCUGUGUUUUGAUUAUUAUUAUUUUUUUUACAAUUUGGAUUUUGUGAAAUAUUUGUCACUGUGGCUUGUACUUAGGCUCUUAAAAAUAAUGCCUAAGACUUGCCUAAGAUCUAUGCACCAGACACUUGCUGCCUGAAGAAUACAUUAUUCUUAAUUUAAGACAGUGAAAAUUAUAUAUAAAAUAAAUAUUGUGACUGUUGACGUGCUGUUGCUUUAUACAGGGUACUGUGUACUAACAUGCUGCAAAUACAGAAUCAUGUUAAAUAACCUCUUUGCCCUCUACCAUAGAAAUAUUAUAAAGAAAGACAUGAAAGUGUGACCUUGUAAGAUAAUGAACACAUUUUAAAUAAAAACAUGAAAAUUUUAACAGAAGCAGUGUUUAAGCUUGUGCAUUAAGAGCUGCUCAAUUCCUUGUUAUGUCAGUUUGUUGAUGAGGACUGUAACAUGCUGGUUGGACAUUUCAUUCAUCUCCUCAUCUUUCUGCAGGUUCAGCUAAACUCAGAUGUGAAUGCCUGUUACUGCAGUUAUAUUUAAAGAAAAGAAGUUAAUAGGCAAUUCAACAGUAAAUCAUACAGAGGAGGAAACAGCUGCUCAAUGUAUUCACCUUACAAGCAUGUUGAACUUGUGAUCAGAUGACAAUCACUGAUGUCAGAUAAUCAAUUUCUACCUAAUAGCCCUUUUGUGAUAUCACUGCCUGGUGUGUUUGAACAUGCUUUUAAGUUUCAUCUCAUCAAAAAUAAAAGCAUAGCAGUGGUUUUCAGCCCUGUGUGCGAUGCUGUUCAUUCACUUUUUGAGCACUAUGCUGCAUGCCAGGCCCGU